UUAUUUGCCCAAACUUGAAAAACUUCAGAUUCAUAAAUGGCGGCUUAUGCAGCUCUAGUUUCAGUUACAACUACCAUGGAUCAUAUCCAGAAUCAUCCUCUCUUUUCGAUUUCUUUCGACAAGAUCCAGAUGGAAUCUUUCGGCCAGAAGAUUCGUUUCUUGCUAGAUUUCGUAGAGGCCGAUUAUUCCCAUGGAGUUUUUAAUACAAGCAAACAAGUCGAAAUUUCGGAGAGUCAAAUUGCAGCUGCAGCCUAUGCGGCUGAAGAUGCAAUCGAAUCUCACGUCGUCGACCAAAUUCACCCAAUGAAAGAUUCCAAAAGGAAUUCUGUGCCACUACUCUGCUGCUUCAAGGAACCUGUAACUACUGAAUCCGAUCCAUUGCACCAAAUUCCCGGUGGUUCGGUUUCGUUGCUCGAUCUCCAAACGGUAAUCGAAGAAAUGGAUUCCAUCGAAAAAAAGGUUAUGGAGUUCAAAGAUGAAAUUGGAUCCAAAGACGAUCAUUAUACACAGCAGCCCACGUGUUCGAUGGUGACUACUACAUCGACACCACCGGGGAAGAAUACUAUGGUCGGAUUUGACGAACAAUUGCUUCGACUUUUGGACAAGCUCACCGGUCAACGAUGUGACCGGCAAGUCAUUCCGAUUGUGGGCAUGGGCGGCAUUGGUAAGACUACUCUCGCCCAAAAUGCUUACGAACAUUCACUUAUUCUCCACCAUUUCGAUAUUCGUACUUGGGUCACGGUAUCUCAAAAGUAUAAUGUGAGAGAACUUUUUGUUCAACUUCAUUCAAGGCUAAAAAGUAGUGAAAUCAAUGGUGAAAUUGACGAGCAAUUAUUAGGACAAAAGUUGCACAAAAUACUAUGGGGUCGGAGAUAUCUGAUUGUAAUCGAUGAUAUUUGGAGUAUUGAAGCUUGGGAGGAGGUAUGUCGUUUCUUUCCAGACAACAACAAUGGAAGUCGAAUUGUUGUGACUACAAGGAUAUCGAAUGUGGCUACUCACUUCGACUCUGCGUGCUUCGAGUUGACUUUUCUAGAUGAGGAUAAAAGUUGGAAACUAUUUUGUGAAAAGGCAUUUGGUCAAGUCGGUUGCCCUUCCGAGCUAGAGGAUAUUGGAAAGGAGAUUGUUAAGAAAUGCAAAGGACUUCCCCUUUCGAUUUCUGUGAUUGGUGGGCUUCUUGGAAGAUCCAACAGAACGCAGAAAUACUGGAAAAAUAUUGCAAAAGAUUUAACCUCGAUUCUCAACUCUGGAGAGGACGAGAAUUGCUUGAGUAUAUUAUCUUUGAGUUACACCUACUUGCCUGUCUAUCUUAAACCAUGUUUUCUAUACAUGGCGAUUUUUCCAGAAGACCAUGAUAUUUGUGUCUCCCGACUGAUCAAACUUUGGGUAGCUGAAGGGUUUAUAAAACCAAAUGAAUCACAAAGCUUGGAAGAGAUUGCACGAGGUUACAUAAAUGAUCUCAUCGACAGGAAUCUCAUUUUAAAACAAUAUUUGGGAUGGAAUGGAAGAAUUAAAUUUUGUAAGAUCCAUGAUCUUUUGAGAGACUUAUGUCUAAAGAUAGUUCAGAAAGACAAGUUUAUGUGUAUGAUGGAAGAAAAUCCAGGAGGAGUAGAAAGUGAACGUCGUAUUGUAUGUAAUAGAAAGGGGGUCCGUUGUCGUACUUUGCAAUUAGCACCACUUACCCGUACUUUGGUAACGAGCACAGACGGUCGACUGUCCAACAAUAGAUUGUUGAGAGUAAUGUCUUUCAACAAUAAAGCCAAGAAAAAGUAUUUACACCGGCAUAUUGUUGACCAAGUUAACAUGCGGUAUCUUGCUUAUAACGAAUUCAAUAUCAUCUCUUCUUCUGUCAAGCUUCCUACGUCAAUAGACGUACUCUGGAAUUUGCAAACAAUAAUUAUUAGAACGGAAAUCGAAGCACCAUCUCAAAUUUGGGAGAUGCGACAACUUAUGCAUGUGGAUAUUUAUGAGUUAUACCUUCCCAAUCCUCCUCAGAAUCAAAAUCGGGAUGAGUUUAUUUUGCAAAAUCUGCAGAAACUUGCGAAUGUAACAAACUUCGUGUGGAGCGAGGAGGCUUGUAAGAGAGUCGUCAAUGUCAGGAUAUUGCACAUACAGUACGAUAACAACUCGAAAAGCUCAAAUGACUAUUCGCUCCACAAUAUUAGCCGCUUGCGUAAACUUGAAUCGCUUACGUUCUUUUCUCGCGGUCUACCCAAUUUGUUGCAGAAGCUCACGUUCCCGAGUUCACUCAAGAAGUUGCAUUUAGGCAGAUGUGUUGUUCGCUGGGAAGAUUUGUCGGUGAUUGGCUCGUUGCCUUAUCUUGAAGUUUUGAAACUGAUUGCGGGUCAGGUGGAAGGAGAAGUGUGGAAUCCUGUCGAGGGGGAAUUCCUUCGCCUGAAAUUCUUUUCAAUACUUUUUGUUGAUAUUGUUUAUUGGAAUGCAGACUGCUCACAUUUUCCGGUUUUGGAGAAACUUGAACUCGUAGGAAUGCGCAAAUUGGAAGAGAUCCCUUUAGAUAUUGGAGAAAUACCAACGCUUGAACUUGUCAUGUUAUAUGGGUGCACAGAGUCCGCCGCCAUUUCUGCUAUGAAAAUAGCGGUGGAACAAGAGAAUAAUGGUAACGACGUACUUCGAGUUCAAGUUGAUUUCGAGACGAAGGAACAAUUAGAGAGUUUCAAGAAGAAGGUGGAACAAUUAGCAACGAGCUUUACGGGAAAUAAUUUUCAAUCCAAUGCGUUUUUCUAGUUUCAACAUUGAAUUACUCCACCUUCUUGUAACAAACUUGGGGCUUAUUAUUUUUCUUUUUUUUUUCUAGUUAGAAAUGAAAUUUAUCAUUGUGAAGUUUAUAAGAUGUGUUUUUUAUUUUCUUGUGUAAGCAAAAUAGGUCUCUAAAUUUCAUUCAGAGACUCGUUUAACGUCUCUACACUUCAUUUUAGAGGCUCGUUAAAAGACUCAAUGUCUCUAAAAUGAUGUCAAUCUCGAGUGAGAGAUUCUAUAAAAUUAAUUUCGAUCUUUA